UCCUCCUCCGCGCCUCCGAAUUAACCAAGCACUCUGUCAGCACUCUGUAACCAAAACUUUCCCAUUCUCCGGCGACAUCACCACCUCCGGAUACCGUAACCAUGUCAGGAACUUCGGGUUCUUCGAGUCUCACAAACGCUUCAAUGUCAAUAGAAGAAAGAUCAUUUUGCGUGGAAUUUGAUCUAAGAAUGGCAUCUAAGGGUAUUUUUCUUGGAGAUGAUCCCCUCAAGUUCGCUUUUCCGAUUUUGUUAGCCCAACUUGGUUUAGUUACUUUCUUUUCUGCAACAUUCCGUUUGCUCCUCAAGCCAUUCAGACAACCUACUUUUGUUGCUGACAUCCUGGGUGGAAUUGCUUUAGGCCCUUCGUUUCUGGGACACAAUCAAGAGUUCUACAAAAUGAUUUUCCCAAAAGAGUCUCUGAUUGUGCUAGACGUCUGCGGAUUAAUUGGCAUCCUCUUCUUCACUUUCUUAGUCGGAAUGCGAACCGACGUGACCGUGAUAAAGAAAGCAGGAGGCCUAUCACUCGUCAUAGGCAUAACCUCUUUCUGUCUCCCAAUGCUCCUGACUAGAUCUCUGGCCGUGUUCCUGAGAUCAGAGGUUCACAUGGACAGGAACUUUGAGUUUUCCCUUUUUGCCCUCUCUUACUUCCAAUCCAUGAUUAAUUUCCACGGCAUUUACAGUAUCCUGACAGAGCUCAAGCUCCUUAACUCGGAGUUUGGCCGCCUCGCUCUGUCGUCGUCGAUGAUCAGCACCCUCUGCUCGUGGUUUUUCGCGGUGGUUGUGAAAACCGUGAACGAUGCGCGCCAAGGCGGCUUAUCGAAGAGCGUGGUGGGGACCAUGUCUUGCAGAUUAUUAUUCGUGUUUUUCAUCAUGUGCUUCUGUCGUCCGAUUAUGUUUUGGAUGAUCAAGAGAACCCCCGAGGGGAAAACACUGAAGGAACACUACGUGUGCACCCUGAGUCUGAUGGUUUUCGCGUGCAUUUUUUACUGCGAAGUGAUGGGUAUCGAGCUGAUAAUGGGGGUCAUAAUUUUGGGCAUGGCAGUACCCGGCGGCCCGCCUUUGGGCUCGGGGUUGAUGGACAAGCUCGAGCUGUUUGUUUCGGCUGUGUUAUUGCCUACUUUCAUUGUGAGUAUUGGACGCAGGGUCGAUGUCUAUGGGAUCACUCUGAGUAAUUUUGGGAAGGUGGAGCUUUUUAUACUCGGUGGGUUUUUGGGAAAGGUUGUCGGGGCCAUGGUGCCUUCCAUUUAUAGAAAGUUCCCGGUUGUUGACGCUUUCUUGAUAGGACUCGUCAUGAGUUGCCAAGGUUUCAUUGAUAUUACCUUUUUCAGCCACGCCUUGUAUCGUAAGUAUAUCACAAAGGAGUCCUUCAGCAUCAUGGUACUAAUGGCAACUCUACAAGCUGGUAUUAUCAAACCUUUAGUGAGAUCCCUCUACGAUCCAUCAAGAAAAAACAGGGCCUACAAAAGACGUACAAUCCAGCACUCUAGACGCGACUCCGAGCUUCGAAUCCUGGCAUGUAUCUGUCACGAAGACAAUGUCCCCGCCAUCAUCAACAUCCUCGAAGCCUCGAACCCAACUAGCGUUAGCCCCAUUGGAGUGUAUGUCCUAGAGCUCGUCGAGCUUGUUGGACAAGCCAUGCCGUUGCUCAUCAACCACCAAACGAACAAAACAUCUCAUUCCAAUGCUAGAAGCGAUCGCAUCGUGAAGGCCUUUUCUCAGUAUCAGAUACGCAACCAGGAGAUUGUCGCGGUGCAGUGCUUCACCUCCAUUGCGCCUUACGCUACAAUCCACGACGAUAUAUGUUCCCUGGCGCUCGAGAAAAUUACAUCCCUUGUGAUCAUCCCAUUCCAGAAGUUUGAUAGCCCCGCACUGAGAGUCAUGCAAAAUAAAGUCUUGCAGAUGGCCUCGUGCUCGGUCGGGAUCCUGGUUGACCGAGCCCAUGGAAUUCUCAAGGCCCCCAAAACCUUGUCAGAUUCAUGGUUCGCUUUACAUGUGUGUGUCAUUUUCAUAGGCGGGCCCGAUGAUCGCGAAGCAUUGGCAUACGGGACUCGCAUGGCAGAGCACCCGAACAUCAAUAUCACAGUCAUUCGGAUAUACGAAAUCGGACACAAGGAAUUUGAUUUGAUAGAGACCCAACUCGAUUUAAAUGCCGUGAACGAUUUCAGAAUCAUCCACGCGGACAAUAGUAGGGCGGUGUACAAAGACGUAGGAGUUAGCGAAGGGCCGGAGACAGCAGAAGUGCUUCAUUCGUUGAGCGAAGGAUUCGAUCUUAUGUUGGUGGGGAGAAGACGCGACGAGGGUUCGUCGCUCCUGAUGGGGCUAACACAGUGGUGCGAGGUUAGGGAAUUGGGAGUGAUAGGAGACAUGCUCACUUCUUCCGAUUACAAGAGCGAGGCGUCGGUGUUGGUGGUGCAACAGCAGGCCUCCGCAGUAGACAACGUAACCGCAAGCUCCAUACAAUUGAGCAGCAGACAAUACUUGUAGCCAAACAAUUCACUAUAAUGUGUACAAUUUGGUGUCCUGUGUAAAUUGAAACAAAAAAUGUUCCAGUUCCGCUAUUUGAAAUGUAGGAACACGUUUGGAGUCCAAUUAAUGAGACUGUCCUUGGUUUCUAU